AUGGAUCCUUCAAUAGAAACUUCCAUGCAAUACGAGGCGUUCAAAAGCCUGGCCGGCAUGGCCGAGGAUUUGAAAGGGCAGGCUAGAGAGGAGACUUUCCAAUUUCUGGAGUUCGGAGCCGAUAUUCCGAGUAAAGAGAACAUGGACGAUCAUCUGGGCCUUUUCAGAUAUUACCAAUUCCCAGUGGGGUUUCUGACUGAACGGCUUCGAUCGGUGGCGCACUCAUUCGGUAGCUGUAGCCGUCCAACUCGUCAAUAUUCCUGGUUUCAUUUUCUUUGCAAAGACAUCACGCUCAACGCGAAUGGACAACUCAAGAUUCAGAAUCCUAAUAUCAGAAAAAAUACCAACCAGCUGAGCCAAGAGGACCAUUCUUGGCAACGCUCUGGAUUCAUGUUAUGUUCGCAAUCAAACCCAGCUUCCCAAAUGAAAGAAGUGACCUUGAUAUGUUUUGGAGCUCACGCAUGGAUCAAAAGAUGCUUGAACGAGCAUCUACAAUGGAAGGAAAUAAUGAACGAUCCCACCGCUUUAUUCUCAAUAAUCUUUCAGGAGCUAUAUCUCCAAUUGGACAUUGCCACGAGGAUGCUUGGUGAUGUCUUUGGCAGCAUGGAAACCAACGUACUUAGCCACGCAACCCUUGGCCAUAUCGCGGGUAUGAUGGAUUUUGCCGGCUUGCACAAUGUCUCCAAGCACAUAACACAUCUUCGCGAGGGAUCCGAUGCAGCUCUUCAUACCUUAAAACGACUUGUUGAGCAUGUUGAGCGCCCCGCCAGCAAGUCAACCUCAGCAACAAUCAACGAACGGACACGUGAUUCGCUAGUGCACUGCGAGACGCUUUUCCAGUCCACGAAGCUCCGUCUCCUCAGCCUCGAAAGCCGAAUGGCUAACGUAAUCAAUCUGUCCUUCCACUUGGUAACGCAACAAGACUCCAAGUCCAUGAAAACGAUCGCCUUUUUGACGUUGAUCUUCCUUCCCGCAAGCACGGUUGCGUCGAUUUUCGGUAGCCAGUUUUUCAAUCUCUCAGUCGACCAAGAUGGGGUGCCACAUUUCAUUUUCUCGCACUGGUUUUGGAUUAUGUGGGUCAUUGUCCUGCCUAUUACUGCAAUACUGGUUGCGAUUUGGAGGUUGCCGGAGGCUAUGGCGAGUGAACCGAAGCAAGAGACACGAUUGUCUAGGAGGAGUCUUUUGCACUUUGGCCAGAUUGGAGAGUUGGGAUCACGAAUUCCGUCAAAGGAAGUGAUAGAGAUGAGCUGA